AUGGGAGACACACUGCAUCCCGUCAGUAAGAUACUUUACAAAUACAGUGUUCCCUUGUUUAACGCUGGGGUUACGUUCCAAUAAAUACCCGCUUUAAGUGAAAUCCGUGUAGUAGAAGUUGAUUUCUUUUCUUUUCUUUUUUAUACAUUAUUUCGUUCAUUAUAUAAUUUUCUCGUUUACACUGUGUUUUUUCAUUUACAGGAUGUUUUUUUUCAUUUACAGUGCCUGUUUUUUCAUUUACAGGUUUUUUUCCCCAUUUAUUAUGUUUUUUUUUUAAUUUACAGUACAUGUUUUUUCAUUUCUUAUAUAUGUUUUAAAGGCCUACUGAAACCCACUACUACCGACCACGCAGUCUGAUAGUUUAUAUAUCAAUGAUGAAAUCUUAACAUUGCAACACAUGCCAAUACGGCCGGGUUAACUUAUAAAGUGCAAUUUUAAAAUUCCCGCCACACUUCCGUUCGAAAAACUCAUUUGCAUAUGACGUAUGCGCGUGACGUCACAAGAGCUACGGAAGAGGUUGGACCCUAUCGGACCCGACAUAAAAACCUGUGUUUUCGACAAAAUUCCACAGUAUUCUGGACAUCUGUUGGUGAAUCUUUUGCAAUUUGUUCAAUUUACAAUGGAGACUACAAAAAAGAAAGCUGUAAGUGGAAAGCGGUGUGUUGCUGCGGGAUGUAGCAACACAAAGACAAACACAACUGGUGUUGCAUUGUUUUUAUUCCCAAAAGAUGGCGGCCAAGCUUUACUAUGGAACAAAGAAGUCAAGCGAACACGGUUGGAUUGGACCACACACACAAAGUACAGUGUAUUAUGCAGCGAACAUUUCGAACAAUCAUGUUUCGAAGAGGGUCCCUUGCAAAGGGCAGCGAUGGACAUCGCCACCACCCGUCGACUCGUGCUGAAGAAAGGUGCGAAGCCAACUAUUUUCAACAGACCACGGCCAUGCUUAAGUGCAAGUUCGACAAGUUCAGAGCACCCCACACCCUCCACAAGUGGACAGACUGUGCACAUGAGGUCUGCAUUUGCCAAAAGGGAAAGGAAGAAGGAUUUAAAGACUCUUACCUGCACGCUGCUUCUGCCGCUUCCUGUCCUUUCGCAUCCUGGGAACGCCACCAUCACGCAGACACCACCAGAACGCAACAGGGGACUUAUGUCAAACACCAGCAGGCUUCGCAACAUUUCAAGCGGAGUGUUAGGGCCGCUGCUGAGAACUUCUGUCUUUGUGAGGUUCUGUUAUUGGACAGACAAGGCGAGCGGCCUAUUGCAGGGCAUUCUUCAGCCAGUCUUUAGGGUAUCCAGAAACUCAGUCCAGGCCAUCGACUGCGUCAUCAAAGAUUAACUGAAUACAGUACUGUCUUCAUCCAAAAAGAGACAUCCUGGAUGAAAACCAACGCUUCCCAUCCAACCUGAUGGAGCUUGAGAGCUGCUGAAAAGAGGAAUGAGCCAAACUGGCUAAAGAUAGGUGUGCCAAGUUUGUGGCAUCGUAUUCAAAAAGUAUUGGGACUGUGAUUUCCGCCAAAGGUACAUCAACAGAGUAUUGAGCAAAGGAUUUUUUACUUUUAAUAAAUUUGAAAACUUUAAAAAAUAACAUUUUCACACAGUGUGUAGAAUUUUGAGGACAGAAAUGAAUGUAUUCCAUUUUGGAAUAAGGCUGUAACAUAACAAAAUGUGGAAAAACUGAAGCGCUGUGAACACUUUCCGGAUGCACUGUAUGUGCACAUUACUACUCAUAAGUCCAUACCAGUCUGUUAAAGUCCACAUCAGUCUGUUUAGAUCGGCAUAAGUCCACACCAGUCUGUCUGUAUAAGUCCACGAGCUCACAUCCGGCCGUAUAACUGCAUAAGUUCAGAUAAGUCCGUAUAAGCCCACACCGCUCUGUAUAGGUCCACAUAAGUCCACACCAGUCUGCUUAAAGUUGACAUGAGUUCACAUCAGUCCGUAUAAGUGCACAUGAGUCCACAUGAGUCUGUUUAGGUCCACUCCAGUCUGUCCACAUGAGUCUGUAUAAGUCCACAUUAGUCCAUAGUCUACACCAGUCUGUAAAAAGUCUGUUUAGAUCCACAUAAGUUCACACCAGGCUGUCUGUAUAAGUCCACAUGAGACUACAUCAAUUCAUAUAAGUCCACACCAGUCUGUAUUAGGGUUGUCCCGAUACCAAUAUUUUGGUACCGGUACCAAAAUGUAUUUCGAUACUUUUCUAAAUAAAGGGGACCACAAAAAAUGGCAU